GAGUUUGUGCUUCCUCACGAGGAUGUUGCACAUUUACGACAAGAAGUGCUCAAUCAAGUGGAUAUGCUAGAAAUUCAACAAAUCACACCGGAGAAGAAGCUUUUAAUGCUUCGCAAGGCUCAUCCUUGGCUGUUUGAAUGGCCAUGUCUCUAUGCAGAUGUUCUCGAGCUAUUAGAUGAAUAUCGCUUCAAGUCGAAAUCCCGCGCUUUUCUUCAGGAGAUCUUUUAUAAUGCUUUGAGGCUUUGGUAG